AUGUUAAAACCUAUCCAAAGUCAAACAACGACACUCUGCUAUUCAAAUUUGACAUGGUUAACGACGAAAGUUCAAGCAUUUAAACAGCUGCCCGUAACUACAGUGGUGAAACCAAGCUUCAUGCUCAUCGAUGAUAAUAAUUAUUUAGUUACAUUAAGUUAUUAUGGAAAUCUCACACAAAUGGACAGAAAUACUUUGAAUGUCAUUAGUUCAACAGUGCUUCCCUCAUUUUGUGCAGGAUUAGGUUAUAAUAAUGGAUACUACUACAUCGGUUGCGAUUCACCUCGUAUAAUCUAUGUUUAUUCCUCAAAAAACUUGACCCGUGGUUCUCUGGUGAAUAUAACAACGACUGGUAAUCCACGUGAAGUUAAGUUCAUUCAAAAUUCAACAAUAAUGAUCGUAGCAACUGAAUAUACACAAGUUCUUUCAUUUUAUCGUGUUUGUGCACCGGGUUCGAAUUAUUCAUUCAUGUAUUCCGUGCCAGCACCAAAAACGUCUCCAUAUAGCCUGUAUAAAAUCAAUGAUACAUUCCUAUAUCUGAUACAUUAUUAUAAUUCAACAUCGAUUUAUAAAAUGAUCCUGUCAGGGAACAACAGUAACUGGACAUUUGUCCCGCUGCCAAACACGGCCACAUCUCUAAAAUUUCCAGUGCAAAUGGCCAUUGACUUCUGUGGACGAAUCUGGUUCGCUAUCUAUGGCUUGGGCGUGAACAUCUAUGAUCCGACGGGAUCGAUACUUCUUGCUACAUGGCCGGUGUCGACUGGAGUCAACGGGAUUCUAAUGGUGGAUAAUUAUGAAUUAUAUCUGGCUGACUACGACAAUAAUCAAUUACUGCAUUUCACACCUAAUUUACAAUGUUCACUACCAUAA